GCGGCCUCAGCCUGCCGGCCCUGCCGGGCCAGAUUGUGAACGCUGAAACCAUUGACCCUGCGUUCCGUUCGCGGAGCAGUUCGCCGACCGCCACCCCUGUGUCAGCGGUCUCCAAAGGGGCUACAUCACCGGAAGGACCUGAAGGCGCCGGAUCGAAGCCCGAAACGUGGUACAGCACGUUUCGUGGCAGACGGCCUGCAGAGUUGGAUCUUGAUGAGGCGACCGAAAGCGAGCCAUCGCUUCCGGGAGAGCCCACCUUCUUCCGACGCCGUGCGGUUUCUGAUGAGCUGCCACAGAUCAAACAAAAUAUGGCUGCCUCGACAGAUUUGCCUCGCCGCCACAGCGACGUUUCUUCGGUUUCUUCGGUGUCUUCGAAUGUGGCGCAAAAGAUUGCUGUCUACGAGGCUUUCCGCAAGGUUUGUUCUCCAAGGUCCAGUUCCAACAUCUCCAGCUCCUCCGACACGAUGCCGGCGAUGCCGGCGAUGCCACGAGGUGGAGCUGAAGAAGGCACUGAGAAGGCACUGGCAUCCAGUUGUCGAGGGACGACGACUUGUUCCUCCCCAGAGGAACUCUCCAAGGAGUGGAUCGUCGAGCGUCUGGUGGAAGCCGGCGCUUUGCCUCUGCAGG